CGACGACUAUGUAAAGUGUUACCGAUUGUUUUUAUGCAGUAAAUUUUACAUUUUCUCUAUAUUUAUUCGUCCUUUUCACUCUUAACGCAUUCUUGUAUCGGAAUUUAUCCUUUAUAAAUCGUUUCAUUACGUAGAAAGCCUGAUAACUUGGCAUGUCAUCAGUCGAGGGAGAAGGGCCAGACUCCCCUGAGGGAGUGGAUGCCGAGGGGACACACAGCCCUAUGCAACAGUCUCCCGACCAAUUAGACUUUGUUGAAAGGUCACCUUCUAAAUUAGAGAAAGAAGAUCAUGAGAUGCUUAUGGAAACAGAGAGUGCUGAUAUACAUGGAAAUGGCAUGAGUGGGAAUCAAAAUGAUGCAGAAUUAUCAGAGGGAGAAAAUGAAGCCAUGAAUGAAGAGAUAGAUGAUAACAUAGACAAAGCUAAUGUGAUGGACAAUGAUUGUGAAGGCAAUGAUGUUGGAAGCACUUCAAAUGUGGAAAGUAUUAAUGAUAUGCGUAUGCCGGAACAUACAGAUAUGCAUGACAGUGAAAAUGACAAUGAAGAAAGCUCCUGUGUAAACAAAAAUAUAGGUGAAAGUAUAGGUGAAAAUCUGUCUGAAAAUGUUGAUUCAAAAGAUGACAGUCUGUCUGAAAAUGCUGGUUCAAUAGGUGAAAAUGUUGAUUCAACAUCUGGAGAUUUAGGUAAAAGUGUAACUGACAACUCUGAAGAGCCAAUAGACAAUAAUGUCGAUUCUAGUGUAAAUAAUGAUUCCCAAGAGUGCCAAAAAGAUGAAGACAAUGAUAUCCAUUCCGAUAAUGUUCAAGACAAUAAUCAGGACAAUGAGUGUAGAAAUUCUUCUUCAGAGACAGAUACUGUUGUUAAAGGAGAAUUACAGUCAGAAAGUUCUGAAAAAGAGCUUGAUCAGUCAAAAGCUGAAUCUGACAGUGAUGAAGAUGAACUGGAUCUUACCAAAACUGAUGACAGUGAAUCACAUGUAGAUCUGAAAACAGACUCUGCAAACACAAGUGCUCAAGAUGAAUCCAUAUCAGAAGAAAAAGAUGAAUCUUUACCAGAGGCAUUGGCAAAGGUGGACGAAGAAGUAGAAAAAGAGGCAAAAGAUGAAAACUCAGAUGUGGACUCAGGUAGUGAUAAAUCUAGCGGUUCCUCUUCAAGUAGCGGUGAAGACUCAGAAGCUGAGGAGGACAAAGAUGUGGAAGAUAAAGAUGAGGAUGGUGUCGCAAAAGCCGGAAGUGGAAUGGAAGAUGUGUCGGAUGAGGAGAGUGACAUUGAAGCUGAUAGAGAUAAAUCUGAAAUUGAAGAUGAACGAAAAGAGAAAGAAGUUAAGGCAAACAGUGACCUGGAAGAAGUAUCUGAUGAAGAGGAUGAAGUUGAAGAAGAAAAAGAUGCAGAUAGGAAGAUUGAAAAUGUUGAGAAAGACAAAAUGGGCGAAGAUGCUGGAAAAGAGAAAGAUCAGAAGCCUGGAAGAGAAGAUGGAGAAGCAUCAGAGGAUGGUAUUGAAGAAGUGUCGGAUGAGGAGGAUGGUGACUUCAGUGACAAGGAGAAGGGGAGAGGUGUUGAGGACACAGACGGUGAGGUAGAUGACAAGGCAUCUGGCAUGGAAGAGGUCUCAAGUAGCGAGGAAAGUGAUGGAGAGGGAAUGGACCGUGUGAGCUCCGACGAAGAUGACAAUGACAAACAGCCAGGAGACCCAUCCGCACGUUCAGUAGAGGUCAAGCAAAAUGGUGAAACUGUCACCAUAGAUGACGCAGAAAAGAAAAAUGGUACUGUUGUUAAGGAAAAAUUUCAAAACAUGACAAUAAAGGUAGAUAACUUUCAUACAGACAAUGAUACAGCUGAACCUGAUAAGGAAAAAUCUAGUGAUAGAGUUAAAAAGUCAAAAGACAAGAAAGACAGGCGUGAGAGUGCUGCAAAAUCUCGGACUAAGCAAGGUGGUGGAAAGGAGCUUAAGGAUAUUGGCGAGAGGCUGAAGAGCCAGGCGAGUUAUGGGGAUGACGUGGAGUUGGAUUAUGAUGAUAUCAAUGAAGAAGGUCGAGAGAAGGCUGGCAGUGAGUCGGAUGGGGAAAUCUUGUCAGGCUCGUCGAGUGAUGGUGAGUUACCUGAAGAGGAGGAAUGUGAAGAAGGGGAAAUUCGCGAGCCCGGCGCGAAGAUAUACCAGAAACCAACGUGUCGGUUCUUCCUGCGUGGGCACUGCACAUGGGGCAUGAACUGCCGCUUUCUACAUCCAGGGGUCAAUGAUAAAGGUAACUACCAGCUGAUCGAGCGCCCAGGGUUCAACAAUCGGCCCCCACCCCCACCACAGGAGGAGACCAAAUUUGAAGAGGAAGAGCGUUCCCCCACCCCUGAGCCACCCCCACCACCAGAGCCCAAGGAGGAAACUGCCUGGGAGCGGGGACUCAGACAGGCUAAAGAGAUGCGGAAGAAGGCGAUGGAACGCAGGGAGAUGGAGACAAACUUCGAACACAAGAAGUUGAAUAUGAGUAUCGAAGAAAACCCAGAAUACGACAAAGAAAAUAAGGACAUUAAGGAAUCUCCUGUUAAGAAGCAGCCAUUUUAUGACAAAUAUGAACCACUUAGUGAUGAUGAAUACUACGACCAGACGCCCAUGCGACUACAGCAGCGACAGAUUAUGGAACAGACCUGGGGCCCGGGGGAUCAGUACGAGAACUUUGAGGUUCGUUGGGCCAAUCGGGACUUCUCGCCCCCACCCCCAGGAAGACACAACCCCCACUACCCCCAGGGUGGUCCAGGGCCUGAUAGGUACCAUCCAUAUCAGGAUCAUCCACCUAUGGCCAGAGGCAAAAUGCAGCGUCGCCCUCCGUCCCCAAGACGAUACAGUCCGUCCCCACCGCCUAUGCCUGCCAGGUACUUGAAGAUAGCAGCAGCUGAACAUGAUGCCCGCAUGUUACGGGACAGUCGUAUGCGGGAGAGGAUGGCGGCAUUAUCACCACCUCCACCCAAGAUGCGGUCACAAGGAGACCGGCCUGUCCGUGCUGAUGAGUGGAUGGAUCCAUGGAGGCGGUCAACUGCUAACAAGGGGAAGGAACCUGAAAAACGUAGUCAAUCACGGGGUAGGCGAAGGUCAAGACGAUCGUACAGUUUCUCAUCUUCGUACUCAUCAAGCUCAUACUCCACAUCUAGAUCUCGGUCACGUUCGUCCUCGUUUUCCUCCGUUUCUCGAAGUUCUUCAAGAAGUUCAUCAUCAAAGAGCAGGUCACGCUCUCCUCUGAAGCGCCCCCGCGGUGGGCCAGCCGGGCGUGGAGGUAUGCGGCAGGGUCAGCCCCCAGGACAGCCAAUGGGACAACCACCCAGACGACCCCCUGAUCAACAGAGAGGACCUGCGAUGGUAAAGUCAAAUUCUGGUCAGGCUAUGGGCCAACCACCUAGACGGCCCUCAAAUCAGCAGAGAGGACCAGGUGCAGGUCGUGGCCAGCCCGGUCCCCAACAUAGGAGCCCAGAAAAGCGCCCUGGGCCUGGCCCUAUGUCCCCGAGCAAGGUCCCCAGGGGGCCAGGUGUGCCUGGUGGUCCAGGACGGGUCCAAGGCCCUCGUCGUCCUGGCCCUGUAGCUCAACAGAUUGCUGAUGUGGGACGCGGACGAAAGCCAGGGCCACAGAGGCCUGGCCAGCCUCCACAAAAAAAAUUCCAAAUGGAAGUGAAAACUAGAGACAAACUCCUGCCCCCGUCAGCCCUUGACAGACAGAAGCCAAAGCCACGUGCCCGAGGAGGCAGCAGUUCCAGUAGUCGAAGUCGGUCUCGAAGUCGCUCAUCAUCAUCCUCAUCAGCGUCUAGUUUUAGCAGUAAAUCAUCACGGUCAUACAGUCGCUCUCGUAGUCGGUCCCGAUCAUCUUCAUCCAGCUCCAGCGCAAGCAGUAUAUCGGGUCGUGGGCAUAGAGGCAUGGGGAAACCUCCACCACCUGGGCCACGGGGAAAAAUGCCAGAGAAGGGUCGUGCCCCUCCUGCAGUGGCAGGGAGUCGAGGUGCCGCGGGGAGAAUGAACAUGAAGAUCGGAGAAACCGGUCGACCCUCCUCCAUCACUCAGCCUAAACCAGUCAAAGACCCACUCAAGGCUAUGGGACAGAAGUCGAAUAUCAAACUGACACUUAUCAAGGGAGAUAGAGGGGCAGGUGGGGACAUGAUGACGAGGAAGAGACCCCCGGAGCCCCAAAUGGAUGCCCCACCAACUAAACGGGCUACAAUGGCCCCACCCUCGAGGCCAGGUGAGAGACCAGUCAAAAAGGUGGAAAGACCAUCGCCACUUUCUCCUACCAAACCAGCAGCCAGACCAGCUAGUCAGGUUAAGCUCCCGCCUGCAAAAACUGCAGCUCCCGCACCAGCAGCCCCGGCAGCUGUGAAAAAGAAGAGUACAGUAUCAAGGCGAGAAGAAUUGCUCAAGCAGCUUAAAGCAGUAGAGGAUGCUAUUGCGAAAAAGAAGAAGAAAAUGACUUGAGGAUUUCUAUGUUUUUAUAUUUGCUAUUGCAAAGAAGAAAAUGACUUGAGGAUUGUAAUUUUUUUUCUAUUGCAAAAGAAGAUCACUUGAGGAUUGGUGAUUUUAGGUGCUUGAAGUGGUUGAUUGCAUUUAUGAAAAAUGAUAAAGAAAUGGCAAGCUUGAUGUAAUUUUUUGCUUGUGAGAAGAGUAUGACUUCAGAAUUGUUAUGUUUUUAAAUGAUGGCAAAAAAUGGUGGAUUGAAAUGAAGGGAAAGUAGGUGUAAACAAUAGCUGAAUUAUUGGGAAUAGUGAGUAUUAAAACUAAAAUGACAAGACUCAAUGGUUGUUGUGUGUUUUGUUUUAUGAAGGCAAUAUGAAAAGAGAGAAAAGACUGUGGAUUGCAAAGUUAAUAUGGAUAUUAAAGGUAUUUGUAAAACCUGAGAAAGCAGACUGACAGACGGUUUUGUAGGGUUUACUUAGGGUAAACUUAAGCAGAAAAAAAAUGAGAAGAGUUGAGUUACAGGUAGUACCUAGAAGUAUUGUCUGAAAGAAAGAAUAUUGAAAUGAGGUGAGUUUAUAGAUAAUGAAACAAAUUAUGUACAGUGAAAAGAACAGACAUAAGGCUAUGGAAGUUUCAACAAAAAAGUCGCUCAACUGUUUAGGUAGGAAAAUCUAUCACAUAUGGAAUAGACAGGUGCCUUUGACAUCGUGAAAGAACCCCGAGGCAUUUUGAAAGAGAUUCUAUUGCAAAAUAGACAAUGGUCUUAUUUAUAGAUUAUUAUGUCUUCUGUAGUGUUUGAUACGACAAGAAAGUAUGAAUACUUUUUUAUGAUUUGGUUUAUGAUUUGAGGUAUUUGUCAUUUUUGUAUACAAGUGCAUCACAAGUGACAUGCAUAUAAUUAUAAACCUCUAUGGUGAUGUAUUAUCAUUCGUUAGUCGUUUUCUCAAAACAUUAGUCAGUGUCAAUGCAUGCAAGUUCCUGCUAACAGUUGUCGGAAUUAGCACAGGCCUGAAAUCCUGGUAAAAUGCUUGCCCUUUACGUAGCAGGGCUUAUUUCAAUUUUAAAGGCAAGUAGUAAAACAAUGAUUGAGGCAUGUUAAUUCAAAAGCCUAAUUUCGAUGACUGCAUCAAAGUAUGAAAGGCUGAACUCGUAUUUAACAUAUUAUGUGGAGUUGAUACCAGAAUAUACUGAAAACCGGCAUUUUGUCACUUCGUACAUUUUUGGAUUAAUCCAAUGAAAUUGUGUUCAAAAUCUUGCAAGAGAUUUGCAACAUGCAACAUGUUCUUUAUUUUACAUAGAAUGUAAAUGCAUUUUUAGGUCAUUUGUUUUUCCAAGAAAAAAUCAAGGAAUUGUCAAGUUGGUGUUGGUAUCAGCGAAAGAAGUUUGCAACAAAUUUAAUCUUGGCCAUAACUCAAAAACAUUCAAGAUAUUCAAUUAUGAAACUUGGUACACAUGUUGCCAAAGACAAUAUGAAGUUGUUUUGUAAAUCAUUAUGAUCAAGAUAUGCCUUUUUUCGACUGGAAAAAAACAACAGACAAGUGUUUACUCUGCGAUGCUGUUGUUUUCAACUUAUAUAUAAGAAGUUGGAGGAAAACUAAUACAAUGAAAACUACAGGGACAAACUCAGUGAUAAAUAAUGGCUUAUACAUUGAAACAAAAUUCUUUGGUAAAUGUUUAUUUUUUUCUUCCAUUCGAUGCAAUGGUUAUCAUUUAUAUUUGUGUUUACAUCUUAAAUUAAAAAUAACACCUGCUUUGGGUACAGGAAUGAUUUCAAAUGGUUAAUGGUUGAAAAGUUUAUUGUAGUUGAUGCUCAGAAAUUUAAUUAUAUUUGUGCUAUGAUUUUGUACAUAUAAUUUCGGUAUGAUUUUGUCAAAUGUACAUGUAUAUCUUUAAGGAAUUUAGGUAGGAUUCAAAUCUAGUGCUCAGCUUUGUAUAUAUUAUAAUUAUGUGCAAAACUAUGUUCAUCACACUGUCAGAUAUACUUUCAAACGCCUUUAUUAAAUUACAGUAUGCAAAUUGAAGACAGCCAGAAAGACUGACAAACUCUAAGUAUGUCUGAAGACAUUUUGUUUUAUUCUUAAAAAUAGUGUCUGUAAAUAAUAAAAAAUGCUUUUCCGGGAUUUAACGUAUUUACCAAACAAGCAAAUUGCAUUGAAGCUGUACAUAUUUUCAUAUUAUCUGGGUUUAACAUGUGUAUUUGUCCUGUUUUGAAGGACUCUACAGUAAGUUUAUAUGCAUAUUUCAGAGACUGGCUCUUUGUGAAAUCAAAAUAGAAUUGAGAAUGAAAGGUGAUUGGGCGCUGUAUGUGAAAAAAAGAAUUUAGAAGUAUUGAAAGCAGUACAUGGGUGUAAAUCAUCAUUACAAUUGUAUUGUAUCAUGCUGUUGUGAAAAUAGUUUUUUAAUAAAAACUGUGUUCAGGUCAUUAUAUUUAAGUUUAAUUGGUGUAUUUAAAAACUGUGCGGUACAUGUGUGUACAGUUUUCAUUGAGGUUUUAUAACAUUAAAGCAUUGAUCACC